CUCCGAGAAGCGGUGCUAAGAUCAGACUCCGCCGCGGGGCUUCUUCCCACCUCCGCUCCCCGGGAAGAGCCCGUCAUGCCGUCCCGCUGCACCCACGAGGGAGAGGACUGGAAUUGCCUUGCACGGAGGGGUCCAACGUGGCUGAUGCCCCAGCGGAAGCGGAAGUAACGUCAGCGGUCCCCCCACUUCUGUUCGGGCUCCGCUCGCCCGAGACCUCCCUCCGCGGUGGUCGGUCUCACCCCGGCGUCGGUGAGGCUGGGUGAGGGGGAUGCACCGGCUGCAGAAGUGGCCUCUGAGAUCACGCGUGGACGCUGCGUCCUUCGGCUUCAGGGACCCGACGGUUUCCGCGCGUGCAGGGGACCACUGGGUGAAAGGACCCCCUGUAACCCUGGGUGAAGAGGAAUGGAGGUCGCCUCUCCCUGCUUGGAUUCAUAAGCUGCCCGGAAGUGGUUGCGGCAUCAAGGAAGGGAGCUGUUCAGGCACAUUCCGGUGCCAGUGGCCACAGGAUGGCAGCUGUUGAUUUGUCGGAAGGCCUUCUCUACACAGAACCAGUCUGCUUUUAUGAAGAUGAGACAAAGGUAGAAAGUGUGGCAGCUGACUACCAGGCAGAUUGUUACCAGGAUUCAGUGACCUUUGACGACGUGGCUCUGGAGUUCACCCAAGAGGAAUGGACUUUACUGGACCCAACUCAGAGAAACCUGUACAGAGAAGUAAUGCUAGAAAACUACGAGAACCUGUCUUCAGUAGGAUACCAGUUCUUCAUCCCCAGUCUGAUCUCCUGGUUAAAACAAGAAGAAUUAAACACAGCAGAAAGCGGAGUUCUUCAACAAUUGGAGCUACAACCAGUAACCAAAGAAUCAGAAUUUGAGGAUUAUUUUAGGGAAGAAACUUCCAAAGACAUGGAAAUGGGGAGAAGCCACAGGGGAGCGGAGCUCUACGAAUACAAGCCUUACGGAGACGUCUUCAGUGAACAGUUUUUCCUUAACACACACGUGAGAACGCAAAAUCAAGAAUAUACUUCCGGGUAUAUUUGGUGCGGCGAAGACAUCCUUACUCUGCACCAGAAAACCUCUACUGGACAGAGCUUUUCUGAGAUUGACCAGUAUGGAAACAUUUUCAGCCUAACUCCGAAUAUCGCAUACCAGACGCCGUGCAUGAGAAACAAACCCUUUGAGUGCAGGGACUGUGGGAAUGCCUUUUUCAACCCGUCAUACCUCCAGAUGGGUGUGAGCACUCACGGUCAAGGGGGCCCCUUCGAAUGGAAGAAAUAUGAGAGUGGUUACAUUCACCCCACGAGCCUUGCUGUGCAUCUUCAAAUUUUCAAUGGAAGAAACCCCUACAAAAUGGAGGAAUUUGAAAAGGGCUUUCAGUAUUUUCCAUGCCUUACGAAUCCCAUGGAAACCCACACCGAAGCAACGCUCUGUGAAUGCAAGGAAUGCUGGAGAGCAUUUGCAGUUCCCACCCAUCUAAGUCCAUAUGUAACAGUUCACCCUAGAGAGAAAAACAAAAAAUGUAAGGAGUGCGGGAAGUGCUUUGCUACUUUUUCUCAACUCUCUGCCCAUAUAAAAACUCAUAGUGAUGAAAAGCCCUUUCAGUGUAAGGAGUGUGGAAAGUGCUUUAAAAAUAACACAUACCUUAACGAUCACAUGAGAAUUCACACUGGAAUAAAAUCGUACAAAUGUGUGGAAUGUGGGAAAGCCUUCCUGAGGUGGUCGGGCCUGACUGAACACUUACGAGUUCACAGUGGAGAGAAGCCUUAUGAAUGUAAGGAGUGUGGCAAAGCCUUCUCCAGGUCCACUCAGCUAACUGAACAUAUCAGGACACACACUGGAGUCAAACCCUACGAAUGUAAGGACUGUGGGAAAGCCUUCACUCAGUACUCGGGCCUCGCCACCCACGUACGCAUCCACAGUGGAGAGAAGCCCUUUCAGUGUAACCAGUGUGGGAAAGCCUUCACUAGGACCUCAGGCCUUAUUCACCAUGUGAGAACACACACGGGGGAGAAGCCUUUUGAAUGUGUCCAUUGUGGGAAAACCUUUAUCACUGCCUCCCACCGUACUAAACAUAUGAAAAUCCACAGUGGAGAAAAGCCCUUUGUGUGCAAUAUCUGUGGGAAGGCGUUUGUGUAUUCCACAUCCCUUAACAUUCACAUGCGAACGCAUACUGGAGAGAAACCUUACAUCUGUAAGGAAUGUGGGAAAGCAUUUGCUGUUUCCUCACGCUUAAGCAAACAUGCGAGAGUUCACCAUGGGGAGAAGGCGUAUAAAUGUGAGGGUAUCGGUGUUGCUAUUUAGCCCCUCUGUUGCAACCCUUAAGUAGUAACAGUGACACCAAAGAUCAUCUGUCUUAACUGCUUUGUAUGAGUUGUAAUGGCUUCCACUGGCAUAGAUGCCGACCUAAUGGUAUGAAAUACGAUAUGUAUUUCCCCUGUGGAACUUUUGUAGCGCUGGAGAUGAACCCCAGUGCCUCACGCAUACUUGGCAAGUGAUCUGACCCUGAGCUACAUUGCCGAGCCCCUAGAACUGGUUCACACAUAGCUGAGUGCUCUCGGGGGGGGGGGUCAUAGGUGAGGUCACUGUUGUGCAUCAUCAGCCUCAUUUGGUGCUUAGACCCCUAGUGAAGAUAGCAUUAAUAAAAGCUAUGCAUGGGUGUCCGACCUUUUGGCUUGCUUGGGCCACAUAGAAUAUAGUUAACGUAUAUAAGUAACAAGAGUCCCUUUAUUUUUUUAUAUUUUGUAUGAUACUGUUAAAACAACACCAGCAGCCUGCGGGCUGCCGGUUAGACCUGCCUGCAUGAGAUAAUUGGAUAGAUUCGGCCCUACCACUUGUUGGCUGGUGGCUGCGUGCAAAAAUUUCCCGGUAGUUCCGUUGAUACAGGAGCAGAUGGGACUGCUGGAAGGCAUUCUCCCGGGUGUCUUCCCCAACUCGCCUUGACUGUGCUGAGCGUACCCAGAAGGAAAUGGUCCCUACCUUGUGCCGGGAAGGAAAUGGUUAACGGCUGGUCCACACUUGCAGCCCGUUAUCCCUGGUCUCGUAUGAAAUCGAUUAAGGCCACCCUUUCUUGCCUUCUGGGACUAUUUUAGAUCUAAGAGGCAGUUUCUCUGCUAGUAUAAUCCUGUCUAUUUCUCUCUUCUGUUGAGAUGGGUGAUAUCCCAUCCGUGGGCCCCAACCACGAUCUUGUUACCAAAUCAUUGUUCAGCUCACAGUUUUAAUCUUUAGUCCAUGUUUUCUCGGUGUUUGCUAUAUGGAUAGGCUGAGAAUUUCCCGAAUUUCCAGUUCGGUUUCCUUUUUGAUUCACAGUUCCUUGUUGGACUCGGCUCACCCCUUCUGUAUUUUAUUAAAAGUCAGGUGGAACCAAGCUCUUCCUGCAACAGUUGAAUGGCAAACUUCAGAUUUCUCAUUUUAUUACUCCCAAGUUCUACCGGUCACAAAUUGCUAGACUAUAACUGUAUUCUGCCAAGGUCUUUAUGGUUAGAUAUUUAGGACUGCCUCUUCCUCAUCCAGCUUUCUUCUUCAGCAGUGCUGGGCAUUUAAAUAAGUCAUGGUAGGCACACAUUUUACCACUGAACUACAUCUAUAACCUUGUUUCUUUAUUUGUGUUUUUGUUU